AUGUUGAAAGUUUCACUUCUGCUGUGUUUUCUUCUCAUAAAUCUUUCUUCAGGCACAGAUGACUUUAGCAGAGAUGACUUCCCACCGGGCUUUGUUUUUGGUGCUUCCUCCUCUGCUUAUCAGGUGGAAGGUGCUGCAGACGAAGAUGGGAGGACCCCAAGCAUCUUCGACACAUUUGCUCGUGCUGGGAAUUUUGAUGGAGCCACUGGAGAUGUCGCUUGCGAUGAGUAUCACAAAUACAAGGAAGAUGUCAAACUAAUGGCGGAUACUGGUUUAGAGGCAUAUAGAUUUUCAAUAUUGUUUACACCAUAA